GGUACGAGGCUCCGCCAUUUUGUUAUCGUCAUCGAGACAAGACCGUGGCCUGAGGAAGAGCUGUUGUUGGUGGCUCUGUUGAGAUGGUGAAACUCUUCAUUGGGAAUCUGCCCCGGGAGGCAACGGAGCAAGAGAUCCGGUCACUCUUUGAGCAGUAUGGGAAGGUGCUGGAAUGUGACAUCAUCAAAAACUAUGGCUUUGUGCACAUCGAAGACAAGACAGCGGCCGAAGAUGCCAUCCGUAACCUGCAUCACCACAAGCUGCAUGGUGUCUGCAUCAACGUGGAAGCCAGCAAGAACAAGAGCAAGGCCUCCACCAAGCUGCAUGUGGGCAACAUCAGCACCACCUGCACUAACCUGGAGCUGCGGGCCAAGUUUGAAGAGUAUGGCCCGGUAAUCGAGUGCGACAUAGUGAAGGACUAUGCCUUUGUGCAUAUGGAGCGGGCUGAGGAUGCGGUGGAGGCCAUCAGGGGCCUAGACAACACAGAGUUCCAAGGCAAGCGGAUGCGCGUGCAGUUGUCCACCAGUCGGCUUCGGACGAUACCUGGGAUGGGAGACAAGAGCGGCUGCUAUCGGUGCGGGAAAGAAGGGCACUGGUCUAAAGAGUGUCCGGUAGAUCGCACGGGGCAAGUGCCUGACUUUACCGAAACCUAUAAUGAGCAGUACGGAGCGGUGCGCACUCCCUACCCCGCGGGCUAUGGGGAGACCAUGUAUUACGAUGAUGGGUAUGGAGCAAUGGUCGACUACUACAAAAGAUAUCGCGUGAGGCCCUAUGCUACGGCAUCUGCAUACGACGCCUAUGCAGAGCAAACAAUGGCCCAGUAUUCGCAGUAUGCGCAAUACUCCCAAGUACAAACCACAGCCAUGGCCGCCACCACAGCCAUGGCCGCCACCACAGCCAUGGCCAAUCGCCUCACUACUACCCUAGACCCUUACGAUAGAGCGCUGCUGCCAACCCCGGGAGCAGCAGCAGCAGUCGCUGCAGCUGCAACUGCUGCUGCGGCAGCCGCGUCCUCCACCUAUUACACCCGGGAUAGAAGCCCCCUGCGUCGCACGGCAACCGCGGCCACCACCGUCGGAGAGGCGUACGCUUACGAACGUUGUCAGCUGUCUCCAGUCUCGUCGGUCGCUCGGGCCUCCCUCUACGACGUUCAGCGGUUCGAGCGGGAGUCAUACGCGGACAGGGCGCGGUACUCUGCGUUUUGAGUCGGAGGUGAGAGCUUUGUGGGUGGCAGGACGUAUGUGCUGCAGGAGUAUAAAUUGGGCUUGAUGCACAGUAAGAUUUACCAGGGUUUCCACUAGCAUCUGUCUGUGAUCUACCAACAUUAGCCCAGUGAAAGCAUAUUGUUAGUGUUGCUUGUAAAAGCCUGACACCUUUACCACAUUAAUGGAGUACUUGCACUUCAGUGAACUGCCUAUACCAUAAAGCAGCCAGAACAAGUGUGCAUUCACAUGGGAUGGGCAUGGAGUCUUUUAGAAUAAUCCCUAUCACCAGUGUUGAGUGGGCCCAGCUCUUUUGUCCUGUCCUAACUCAUUCAUCAUGUUUUUGAAUGAAGAUGAUUUGAGAUGGGCAGUAUGCACUCAGACAGUUGGUAUGGGGUCAGUGUCAACCUUGCUUUGCUAUUUUAGCACACAGUCUAAAUCUGGACUUUAAAGCAACUCCAGAUUUAAAGCUAUAUUUAUCAGUCUCUUACUAGAAUGGCUCUAGGUCAGUAAGGAAUAUGUCACUGUUUCCCCUGUUGGAAAGCUGACAAGAUCCAUAUCUCUAUGCUGGAUUUGAAGUGUUGUCUAUGUGCCUUUUUUUAUGGGCCUUGAAAUCACCCAGCAAUUUAUUCUUGAGAAGAGGAUAGAAUUAUUUUUUGCAUACUUAUUUCUACCAUGGAAAUGCUGCUAACCUUUCAGCAUACUCUAAAACUGGCAGAGAUUUUGAUCUUCCUGUUUAAGGGCCUUAUAAAAUAGCACUUAGGGGAAAUAGACUUUUUUUUUCUUUUUUCUGUCCCUGAACAACAUUUGAAACUACAGUGUCAGUCAGAUUUGGCCCCAACACUUCUUAAUUUUAAAACAAGCCUUUGCAAUUCUCCAUUGCUUGAAAUCUUUAAAUCAGGGUUAUAAAUCUUUCUAAAAGCCACACUUCAGCUCAACUGCAAUUUAUUGAACAUGAUCCAGGCAUGAUAGGAUGAAAUUCUCUGGCCUGUUGUACCGGAGGCCCAAUUAGGCCUGACUACAGGAGGUCCUUUGUGGCAUGAAAACCUGUAAAAUGCUAGGGUCAGUAGAGAUGUUUAUUUUAAAAUUCCAGUAAGAUUUAUGAAAUAAAUCUUUCCCUACGUUGUUUGCAGCAUCUGAGAGCCAGUAGAUACAGACUAAACAAAGUCUAGUUAACCAGUCUGUUUUCAUUGUUUCAGUGAAAUGCAACAAGAGUAAACUCCAAUUUUUAAAAAGUCUGUCCGCUUUAAUCUUAAAAGUACAUUUCACAUGGGCAGGAACUUCUGUAUUGCCGACUCUCACAACUGUGUCACAAGUCUCACAAUAGUUGGUGUUAAAGCCCCAGCAGUCACGUGAUUGUGUGAGAAUCUGCUUACUUAAGUUGUUAGGCCUUGUGGUUGCAAAGCAAAGCUUUAAAACAUGAAGCAAGUUCACCCUGGCACCAACUGUAACUCAGGAGUUUUCUCAGGGUUUUUGUCUUGUCCAGUUCCAAGUAACUCAAACACCUGGAUUCCUGCUUCUCUUGGGAUAUUAUCCCUCAGUUUUUCACCUGCUAUUUCCUUUAACUCCAUCCUGUUACUCCUGACUAAUUCCCCUUUGUGUAACUCUGAACCAUCUCUCGCCCCAAUUGCCACCACAGCCUUCAUAUACUCUGCUGACACUCGGUGCUGUCCAGGGCCCUUCCAAUGCCAUGGACACACUGGUGGUUGUUCUUCCCACAGGUGCAUAGCUAUGCAAUCCGCCUCUGUGGCCUGACCUUUUGCCCUGCUCCAAACUCCUGGCUUGGGGUUGCAGGUUUUAGGGGUCUGUUUCCCAAGCCCUGCUCAUCUUCUCCUGUCUCCCCUGCCCCUCCCAUGCUCCUGGCUUCUUUUAACCUUCACUCUUUACCCCUACAUUUGGGUGCAGUGGCAGAAAUCACAAACGGAAAGAAAAUUCUGGGAGCUUUCUGCUGCCUUUUCUGUCAUGCUAGUCCCAUCCCUUAUGUCUCCCCAAACCAGGUCCUGCUCAACAGGUGACUUGAUUACAGUGUAUAAGUGUCUUCAUGUGGAGAAAAUCCUGGCUACUAAUGGGCUUUUACAUCUAGCAGGGACAGUCAGAACAAGAACCAAUGGCUGAGAGUUAAAUCCAGACAAAGUCAAAUUAGAAAUAAGGCACAAGUUUUACACAGCGAGGUUGAUUUAACCAUUGGAAUAAACUCCCAAGGGAAGUGGUGUAUUUUCCAUUUCAUGAAGCCUCCAGUCCAGCCUGGCUGUCUUCUGGAAAGUGCUUUACUCAAACAAAGUACUGGGCUCAAAGUUGGGGAACAGAGUGACAUUCUCUCACCUGUGUUAUAUGGGAGUGGCAGCACAUAUACUAAUGGUCCCAUCUGGCUUUACAUUUAUAAAUCAUCAUCAUACAUGGGCUUUCAAGUUUGUGAGACUGCUAGAAUGCACAUGCUGCUCUGGAAUAUCAAGAGCCUUCUAAAAACAUACCUUUGAUUCAGUUCCCUCAGGUUUUAACAGUGAUAAGAGCAGAUAGUUCGUGCUGCGUUGUUUUAGCUUGAAGGAAUCUUGAGUACAGCAGAGCAAAACAACUCACAUUAAUGUGGACAACUGUGUUCAACCAAUGGAGUGCCUGAAUCAACAAAUACAUUUUGCCUCUGACAUGAGCUCUUAUACCAGCUUCACCUCUCUGUCUUGUAAAAGCCCAUAAAGUAUUCCACAGGUGGAGUGGUGGGAAUUUGGCUGUGAAUGGCAGUUUGUUAAUGCACUAGCUCUGUAACCUGUCAGUAUGUGUUGGAUGUGCAAAACUGGGCAUUGUCCAAGACUGUGGUAGGCGGUGGGGGGAGUGACACUUGGAAGGCAAUGAAACCCCAAAGCAGUGAUUAGCUAAAACUUUAACUCCUUCAUUCUGUUUGAUAACCUUCUACUCAGCACUCUGGCUGCCAAGUCAUUGCAAGAGCAAAGGGCCUCCCAAAAUGCCAUUGGCUCCUGUUGUCAGCAGAAUAUACGUGAUAGUAGCUAGUGGCCCUAGUUAAGCCAGACAGUGAACCGCGUGCUUAAAACUGAGCUCAUGCUGUGAGUCAGUGGAACUUAAGCAUGUGCUGUGCUGAAUGAGGAUGGAUGUAAGCACAUGCUUUGCUGAAUGGGAACCAGAGUGAGAGCACAGAACAGACUUCACUUAGCAUUAAAAUUAAACUCCAGGGACUUCAAAGUCAUCUUGGGCUAACUUGUACCUGCUGCUGAAUAUUUGCACUAAGUGCUGCACAGUCAGAAGCAGAUGUAGCUCCAUUGGCUUCUGCGGGUGAAACCUGUGGCAGCGGCAGUGUGGUCUAGACUAGAGAAAGAAGUGCAGCAUUGGGAGGCAGGCAGGCCCGAGUUCUAAUCUUGUGUCUAACUCUGAGGUCUAGUCUACAAGGAAACACUUUGGGGAGUUAAAACUAAUUAACUGAAGGUGUGAAGUAAAAGCACAUCAAACCCCUAUGUGGACACUCUCAUUCGGAAUUGAAGUGUCCUUAGUUGGCUGUAGUGAGGGUUAAGCUACAGCAAACUAAGGGUUUGUCUACAUGGGGACACGUGAGAAAAUUGUGAAUUAGCUUUUAAAGUGGAUUAAUUAAACUGCAUUAAAUCCUUGUGUGGACAUUCUUAUUCAGAACUACAGUGGCCUCAGUUCAGUUUAGUUUAAUUAACUUUGGAAGUGAAUUAAGCUAACCAAAGUAAGGCUAUUUUAAUUCUGAACAAGAGCAUCCACACAGGGACUUAAUGCAGUUUAAUCCACUUAACAUUCACACGGUUAGUUAAUUCAUCUUCACUUUCCAGAGUGUCUCUACGUAACAAGCUCUGAGUCACUUCACUAUUGUCAUCUUACCACCCAGGGGCUGUUGUGGAGAUUCGUCAAUGUCUAUAAAGCUAAAGUGUUAGUAAUUUGGCCCAGUCAGCCUAGUGUUAUGGUAGCACGUAGAAGCCCCAAUUAAGAUCAAAGUCCCACUGUUCUUAGUGCUCCGCAGACAAAGAGAGUCCCUGCCCUGAAGAGCUUGCAGUCUAAAUAGGUUGGGAGGGGGUCCAGAGGUGCAGAGAGGAGAAAAGACUUGGCCCAGGUGUGUCAGCAGCUCAAUGGCAGAGCCGGGAAUAGAAACCAGGAGUUCUACAGGCUCCUCCUCACCCAGAGAGGUGAAGAGAGCACUGGUCUCCUUAUUCUCAGUCUAGUUCCCGAUCAACUGGACCACACUUCAUGUCUCGUGUUAGGCAAGGUGCUCCUUUGGUUUUUGAGCUACCUUGCGGUGAAGUUGAGCUAACUCCCAUGGAGAUUUAGCACUAUAUAAACUAGAAAGUUGCACCAAUUUUCACUUAAGGCGUGAUUUUUAAACUGGUUGACAGAAACUAGUGCAAGAAAGACAAGUGGGUGGGCUUUAAACCAGGCUUAUUUCAUUUCAGUGUAAAUUGGUUAUGGACUUGGUUAUGGUAUGGUUUAAAGUACUUCAGAAUAGGAGCAUCCACCCAGGGCUUUGCACCAGUUUAAAGCUAACUUUAAACCAGCAUGGCUUGUGUGUGUGGACAGUGCGAGGGCUUGGGGUGGGCUUGAGAUCUCUGGGCUUUUUGCCACCGUGGCUACUUCUGACAUAAGCCUUUGAAACUGUAUUGUGCUUUCUUUCAGGUAGCGUAUUCUCGGGUGGACCCUCAGGCUCCCAUUACACGGGAAAGUUUGUCCUACUUCCCCCACCAUCCCGCUGCCUGCGACGGGUAUUG